GUGACAGACUCGUGUGCGGUCCGCAGCGCCGAAACGAUUUUUUUUUCUGCGAGUUGAACACGCUGUUUUGUUAACGCCGGAUUUACAGUUCAACAUUCAAUUUAUCGUAAAAAUCCUAACGCGAUUUGCUUUUAAACUCAAGCCCUUGAGGAAUGUCCGCCGCCACGUACCCGCGGGAGUUUUCCCGGGAUGGGAAAUACUUUGCGUUCAUCAAUGGACAGGGAAAGUUUGUAGUCUACGAUGUGGAAACGAGCAACCUGAACCAAAUCUAUACCCCGAAUUUGCAUCUCAAUGUGCCGUGUACCUGUUUCGUGUGGAUCGAGCUGGGUUCCACCGGGGGACCGGGUUCGAGCACCAAAAAGAAGAAAAAACGAGCCAGUAUCGUUGGAGAGCCUCAGAAUUAUGUCGCUUUCGGAACUAGCAAAGGUGGGGUAGCUCUGUAUGGCUUGGCCUCGACUAAGAUAGAAAGAACGUUCAAGGGUGCAGGACACUCCGGAUCGAUUACGGCCAUCUACGCAGAUGUUGCCGAAGAUUUGCUCUAUACGGCUGGAGUAGAUGGGAAAGUCAUCGAAUGGGUCCUGAGUCAAGGUGAACAGAAACGUGUGCAUAAUUUGGGCGUUGAAAAACUGACCUGCUUAACGGCUGGACCAGCUUCAGCAGCGUCUCACACAGUUCUGUCCGGUUUCAAGCAACUUAAACUUUGGGACACUGCUAAGGGUACACUUGAGAAAAGUUUUAUUGGACACACUUCGGCUACGACGUUGAUCCGUAGUUUGGUUACUGAAGAUGGAACAAAUUUUGCCCUGAGUGGAUCGCAAAAUGAUCGAAAUAUUACGCUCUGGAAUUUGGACGGACAGGAUCGAAAUCCUGUGGGCAUGUUCACGAUGGAAGACGCUCCGGAGUAUUGCUCGACCCGGCUGGAAGGCACCAAACUGCAGCUGGUGGCCGUUUCACGUAGUGGAGUUGCUCAGUACUUCUCGAAGGAUUUGAACAAAAUUUCCAUCAACAAACCGGUCAAACCAAGUCACACAUUCGAGAUUGCACUGGACACGCCUCGAAGCGGAUCUGCUGGAACCGUCGAUCGAUUACCGAUUUUUACCGCCAGUGUCGAGUACGGUUCGGGGCCGUCACUCACCCAAGAUCAACUACUGCUUGCCUACGGCAGCACCGAACUGGGCCUCAAAUUUGAAUCGAUUCCCAUCGAUCGUGACGUCAAGCACAACGUUAUCAUUCGGGCCGCCCUGCAACGGAAAACGGCCGAAGGGGAUCGUGACCUGAAGAUGAAAACUCCCACCGUCGAGAAAAGUUCGGCAGAGUUUCUGAACCCUGUUAGCGCUGGAAAGCGGACACUGAAAACGGUGGAGAUCCCAAUGGAAGCACGGUUGGAGAACCUAGCCUUGACCGGAAAGGAUGGAUCGGAUACGAGUGGGAGAACUAUCUCAGGCCAAAAGAAUAUGACCCACCUGUUGAUCCAGGGAUUACACAGUAAAGACGCAGCUAUUCUGAGGGACGUGUUCAGCAAAACGGAACCGGAAGUGGUCAACCGUACCGUCGAGCGGAUACCUGCUCAGUAUGUGAGUGUGCUACUGAACGAGUUGUCCGCAUUGAUGCAGAAGAAAACCGUGCAUGUGGUAACGGCAGUAUGUUGGAUCAAAGCGCUGAUUCAUAACCACGCCAGCCAGCUGAUGGCACUGGGAUCCGAAAAUCUGCUAGCCAAUUUUGGAACUUGUUUGGGAAUCAUAGAAUAUCGCGUGCAGCAUGCCAAUGCCCUGUCAAAGUUGAGUGGUCGGUUGCAGCUGCUAGUCGGUCAGAUUGAUCGCACCGAGCGGCUGGUCAAAAACCCGGACGAUAUGGCCAACGCACACGUUCUGGUGCACCAGGAGGAGGAUGAUUCCGAUGUGGACUCGGUCAUUGGCAAAGAGCGUGGUGAUCUGAGCGGAUCUUCUUCCAAUAUGGAAGAAGAAGAUGAUGAAGAGAACGAGAUCGAGGCCGGUGAUGAUUUGGAGGGUGACAAUGAUAGCGACGAGGAUGAUGCUUUGGCAGGUAGUUUUGUGCGGUUGAAGAAUGGCAAUUUUAAUCCGAGUGAAAACGAUACAGAUGAUGAUGGCGAAGACGAUGACGACGGAGAAGAGGACAGCGACGACGAUGAGAUGGAUGUUUCGGAUUAGUAGCCAUCAAAUAUAGGAAUAUAGUGCAGUCAAAUUUUCUAUACGGAUUACUUGAAAAAAAAUUGUCCAAAUAAAAAAUGAAAUUUAAA